AUGUCAACAUAUAAAAUUAAAAUAGAUAAUAAAAUAUUUCAAGAUCUUAUUGAUUUUGAAAUUUUAAGAUCAAUAAUUAAUUAUUUAUUAACCAGCAAAAAAAAUAAAAAAAAAAAUAGUACUAAUAAUAGCAAUACUAUUUCAAAAAAGUGGUAUAAUUUUAUAUCAUUAACAAUAUCAAAUAAUAUUAUUAAUAAUAACUUUUUUGAACAUUGGUUAAAAAUUAAUAAUAAUAAAUCAUUUAUUGAAAAUUAUAAUAAUCAAAAUCAAUAUGAUAAAAAUAAUUUAAUUUUUAAUAACAAAGGUCGUAAACAAUAUAAAAUUAGUUUUAAUAAAGAGUUUUCAAUUAUAAAAAUCAAAGAAUCAAUAAUCAAUGAUUAUUUUAAAUUCAAUUUAUUUUUAAAUAAUAUUACAAUUUAUGUUUUUAAAGAAAUUAAAUACAAAUUUGAAAACAAUCAAUUACUUUAUAAUAGAAUUGUAGUUAAUAUGGAUACAAAUUAUGGUGAAGGGAAUAAAGAUGAAAUUUUAUUUAAAAUACAUAAAUAUGUAUCAAAUGAAAAUUCAGAAAUCAUAUUAAAUUUAUUUAAAAUAUUAGAAUUAAAUCAUGAUUUUAUGAUAACCCAUCUUCCGGGUUCUGAAGAGGUGGAGGAUGAAGGUAAUAAGAAAUGUACUGAAUUUCAUUUAAAUAAUUUAUCAAUUUGUUGUUUUGAUAGAUGUGUAGGUGAAGAUAGAAAAACAUUAAAGAUAUUCAAAAAUUUCAAAGGUAAAAAUAUAAUUUAUGAUGGACCCAAUGUUACUUAUGAUAUUACAACAUAUAUCGAUUAUUCAGUAUUAUUUGACCCAGACACUUCAGGUCAACAAGUUGAAUCUAUUAAAGUAAAAAAUGAAUAUGAGGAUUGUGCUAAUUUUGUUGAAGCACGUCAUUUAAUCAAAGUUAAUCAAUUUGAAAAUUUACAUUCAAUUAAAAUACCAUUGAAUUCAUUUCAAAUAUUAUCAAACUUAUCUGAAGAAUUGGGGUUUGAUGGUUUCGAUUGUUUUAAAUCAGAUUUUGGUUAUUCAGAUAAUAUGAAAUCAGAAUUAAAUCAAAUGAUAAAUUCAUUUAUUACAAGUAAAUCUAUAAAGAAUUUAAAAAUAACAUCCAUUAUUUCAACAGAAGAUUCUCCAAUUGAAUAUCAUACUUCUUGUGAUGAAAGUAAUAUUCAAACUUUUAUUAAUAAUAUAAAUGAAAGUAAAGAAUCAUUUUCAAAUUCAUUUAAACCAUUAUUUUCAGAAUUGAAUACAUCAAUUGAAAGAAUUGAAUUUGAUUGUAUGGGUUUAUUAAAUAUCAAUACAUUUUCAAAAUUGCUAAAUAAUAAAUCCAUUAAAUAUUUAUAUUUAUAUGAUAGUGAUUUCAUUUUUUAUUCACUAAAACCAACUGGUGGUGAUAGUGAUGAUGAUGAUGAUGAUGAUGGUGAUGGUGGUAGUGCAGUACUUCAAGAAACUAUUUCAAUUAAUCAAUAUUUAUUUGAAAAUAUAUUUUCAUCACCAUUAACAUCAAUUAGACAUUAUAAAAUUAAUUUCAAAGAAUCAAAACAAUUAAAAUUCAUAUUUAAUUUAAUAUUAAAUAAUAUUUUUAAAUUACAAUUAUAUUCAUUAAUAUUUGUAUUCAAUGAUAACGAAUUAAUUGGUGAAUUUGUUAAAGAAUUUAGAAAUUUAAUUAAUAAUAUUUCAACACAACAACAACAAAAAUCAAAUAACAUAAAUUUGAAAGAAAUUAAAAUUGAAAUGUAUGAUGAAAACUAUUUCCAAGAAUUAAAUAAUAUUAAUAGCCCAUAUUUCAAAACUGUAAUAAAGAAUUACCAAUAUUAA